UGCUUAUUUCUCUCCAUGAAUUGUUGUUCUUCUGAAAAUCUUCAUAAUCCCGUUGGUAUGAAUCGUAUAGGUGCCUGUACCUUCUCACCCCUUCAGCCAGUCUCUCUUCAAAUGUCGACUCCAUGUCUGUUUUGUGUAUUCCGCAUCAUCGCGUGUUUCCGGUGCCGCAUGAAAUGCAUGUCGAUGUGAAACAGUUUCAUACCGAGCCAUGAUUUGUGUGACACCGGUACGCGUACGCUAGGUACUCACGGUCACAAAAAUUGAGCUUCGCGCGGACAUGCCCAGGCGGACAUACACUGAGGUCCGCUAUUUCGUCAUUUUGACCGUGCGGACCCCAGCGGAGUUCGAUCCGUGUAUGCUACGUCUGGACGAUGAAUUGGCCUUUAGCCUCUACAUGCUUUUAUUGGGAAUGUGUUGUCUAUUUGUCCAGUAAGGGCUCUUAGAGGAGUGCAGAUUAUGCAUUCUUGUUUCAAUGUCUUGAAACAAGCUAAAUAAAUGUUCCUGAAUGAAUGUGCUGUAUAAAUUAAAUUUGCCUGGGCAUUUUUAUUUAAUCCAGGGGGACACUACUGGCUGUAAAUCCCCCAGAGCAGCCAGUUCAGGCACAUUAUCAUCUCUGUAUUCAAGAGGACUGAAGACAACAAGCCUGAUCAGCCAGUCUGUUCCAUUUUUGAAUGACAUGGGGUGUGUUAUGUUGUAGUUUCAGCAAAAGUGAAAGUGAAACUAUCAGACUGAGAGACGGCGUCUGUAAAAUGGAGGCUAAACCUUUGAUUCCUAAGGAUGAGCUCUGUUGCUCUGUAUGUUGUGAUAUUUUUAAAGAGCCUGUUCUCCUGAAAUGCAGCCACAGCUUCUGCAGAGAGUGUCUGAAGCAGUACUGGGAAGAGAAGAGCUCUCGAGAGUGUCCCAUCUGCAGGAGAAAGGCCUCUGUGGAUGAUCCUCCGGUAAACCUGGCCUUAAGAAGCAUUGUGGAGUCCUACUUAAAGCAGAAGACUGAGAGAGAAACUACCGACAAGAGUGAUGCUCGCUGCAGUCUUCAUGGGGAGAAACUUCUAUUAUUCUGCGAACAUGACAAAGAGCCUCUCUGUGUCAUCUGUCAGACUUCAAAAAAACACAAAAAACACCCGGUCUGUCCAGUGGAAGAGGCUGCACUGGAGCUGAAGGAGGAACUCAAGCCUGCACUUAAUCUUAUUAAAGAAAAACUGAAGAGGUUUACUGACGUGAAACAAGACUGUAAGAAAACAGCUGAACACAUCAAGAGUCAGGCCCAGCACACAGAGAGGCAGAUAAAGGCAGAGUUUGAGAAGCUCCACCAGUUCCUGCGAGAAGAAGAGGAGGCCAGACUAGCUGCUCUGAGGGAGGAAGAGGAGCAGAAGAGUCGGAUAAUGAAGGAGAAGAUAGAAAACAUCACAGGACACAUCUCCACUCUUAAAGACAAAAUCACAGCUAUAGAGAAGGCCAUGGACACUGAAGACACCUUCUUUUUACAGAGCUACAAGAACAUCAAGGAAAGAGCCCAGUGCACACUGCAGGAUCCAGAGCUGCUCUCAGGGGCACUGAUAGAUGUGGCCAAACACCUGGGCAACCUGAAGUUCAGAGUCUGGGAGAACAUUCUGGAGAUGGUGCAGUACACUCCUGUGGUGCUGGACCCCAAUACUGUACAUACCCAAGUCUCUCUCUCUGAUGAUCUGACCACUGUGAGAGAUGCAGGUACAGAGCAGAAAUAUCCUGACAACCCAGAGAGGUUUAAACCCUGGGUGUGUGUGCUGGGAUCUGAGGGGUUUACCUCAGGGACACACAGCUGGGAGGUGAAGGUUGGGAAUAAAUAUGAGUGGGAUAUAGGAGUGGUGAAAGAGUCCAUCAGUAGGAAGGGAGAUAUAACAUGCAGCCCAAAGGGAGGAUUCUGGGUCUUACAGCUGAGGGAUGGUGAUCAGUACUGGGCAACUGAAGCUCCUGUCCUCAGACUGAAGAGGAAGCCCCAGAGCAUCAGAGUGCAGCUGGACUAUGACAGGGGGGAGGUGUCCUUCUUCGACUCCAGUGACAUGUCACUCAUUUACACUUUUACAGACACAUUUACUGAGAGAGUGUUUCCGUACUUCUGUCCCGGUUUGAAAGGAGAUAAGAAUGACAGACCCCUGCAAAUAUGCCCACUGACAGUUUCUGUAAAUGUGACGUCAAACCAGUGACGGUAUUUGUUUUAAAAAAAUAGAUGGUGUACUUUUAAGGAAUGUUUGUUGUUUCUAAUGUGCUUCAGCAUACCUUACCUGGUUGCUGACUUGGGUACUCUGUUGUUGACUUGCUGGAGAUGUGAAUUGACCAAAGGGAGCUGGUUGAUGGCCUACCAAAACCAAAUGGAAGGCAGGCACACACAGAGCAAUAACAGUGGCCAUUUGGUUAAUGUAAUCAGCCUCAGUAUGCAUGAAUACUGAUUUGGGACAGACCAGAGGAAGUGCAAAGGGGGAUGUUUUAAUAGUCAGUCAGAAGAGAGCAGACAUGCAUACAGAGCUAACAGUUACUGCUUUAUUUCCUGCAACUUCAUUUCUAGAUUUUGUUCUGGAAAAGGGGUACAAAGCUGGUGCUUGAACAACACUGUAUUGUAACUUACCUGCGUUGAUUUUACCUUGUUCUUUCAUGCUGUAGAGGAUACUCUUUUUGCUUGUUAAUAUAAAUUGGUAUUGAUCUAAACUUUUGAACUGCAAAUAUUACUUCAUACGUAAAGAGUACUGUAGAGGAAAUUAAUUUAAUAAUUAUGAUGAAUUAAUUUAGUAUGUUUUGGGUUUUGCUUUGAUCUGAAUCACAAGACAAAACAUUUCAUGUAAUGUUUAUACAUAAAUCAAAUGUGCUUUUUGUCAGUUUUUAUUCUUUUCCGUUAUAAUUGAAUAAAACAAAAUGGUGUCAAUCAGUCUUGGUAACAUAAAAACAGAUAAAUGAAAAACAUUAAAAUAAUCUUUUAAAAUAAAAAUAUGGAUGGACUCUUCUGGUUAAAUCACAUUAUUUUAUAUAUGAUCGAUUUCAUUCUUGGCUAUAUGGGUUUAUAUUGCAGUGUACAAGCUUGAAAUGUUUGCGUAUCAUGAGCUCUAGUCAGAUUGAUUGCAUCAGUCUCCUGAGCUCUUUCCUGGUUUUAGUUUGCAGAUGUAGUGAAUAAUCAGUUCAGCCUGUCAGCUCCACGCUGUAGGAUUUACAUCUGAGCCUUCAGUAGAGCACACCUGCCUUUGGUCUCUCAUUCCCUUUCAUUGACUGACAAUUAUUACAUGACAGAUACUGUUUUAGAAUAGCCAAUCAUACUUACAUAAAUGAUUUACACAGUUUAACUGAUUUUACACAAUUAAAACACAAUCCCAUAUUUCUCCCAAUAAUUUCAGAAUUGUCCAUUAUUCUACUGUUGUGGUUCACUGAAACAUGAAUACAAUGAAUGUAGUUUUACAAAUCAAUAUUAGUAAAAAUACAAUACAACCUUAUUAAUUAACCCUCUAAAACCUCAUAUCUCCAACGUCCCUCAUGAUGGUCAUAACCCCACUCCAGAAUAUUUGAUAAUAAUAUUAAUCAAUGGUCAAUUAUGAUUAAUUGACAUAUUCAUCAACAGGGCAAGCCACACUGUAAAAAAAUGUUUCACAAUUUUUUUUAGUUUUGAGCAUAAUUUAGAUUUUUACAUUUUGUUGCGAAGUUAUUCCAGUGAACAUUUAUUUGUUCAGAAAAACUACAUUUUAUUAUAAAAGCUUAAUUCAUUUCUUUACGGUUUUCUAAUAAUUAAAUUAUAGUUUUGUUAAUAAAACAACUUGUAUUGUUUUCAUGUUAGUUUGCAUAACAAUCAAAAAAUGUAAAAUAGUUAAGCUUGAGUGCCUUGAAAUUUUGAGUGUUUUAAAUUUUUUGACACUGCGUAAUCUAAAAGAAAACAAAUGUAUAACAGUCACAAAAUAAUCGGGUGAAAAAUAUGUUGGCAGUUUUGCCCAGAAAUUUGUUCAGUUGUUUUAUAUUUUAUGGGAAACCAAUGUUUCACUUAUUUUGUCUAUCCCUGUAUGUUUUAAUACUGACAAAGAGGCCAGUCAACAGUCAUUGUUUUCAUUUUUUAUAUAAUGUAAUGUUUUAAUGAUGUUACAAAAUGAAUAAUAAAAGUACUAUUUCAAGAAUACUA